AUAAAUAUCCUCCAACGCUCAACCGAAAGUUUGUCCCAAGGGAAGUUUUAGGAAAAAACCUCCUCGAAUUAUCCUACACCUAGCGCGCAUUUUAGCAAAAAUGGCCCGGCAUCCGAUAGCCGUAGCCAACGAGGAGAGCCCCUUCGGCACCUUAACUCCGGACGAAUUCUAUGCCCGCCACUCAGUGAGUCACUCAUCCGAGUUCAUCACUAACGCUCGCGGUCUCAAACUCUUCACCCAGUCUUGGACCCCACUUGAUACUCCGAUCACUGGAAUCGUCGCCGUUGUCCACGGGUUCACCGGCGAGUCGAGCUGGUUCCUCCAACUUACCUCUGUUCUUUUUGCCAAAUCGGGAUUCGCCACGUGUGCGAUCGAUCACCAGGGCCACGGAUUCUCCGAAGGCCUUGACGGACUCGAUACUCAUAUUCCGAACAUCGACGGCGUUGUCGACGAUUGCAUUCAGUGCUUUGACUCCUUCCGUGCUCGUCACGCGCCGGAUUUGCCCGCCUUUUUGUACUCGGAAUCGCUUGGCGGAGCUAUUGCCCUUUAUAUCUCUCUCCGUCAAAAAGGCGUGUGGGAUGGCUUGAUUCUCAAUGGCGCAAUGUGCGGGAUAAGCGCUAAAUUCAAGCCACCAUGGCCGUUGGAACAUUUUCUGUUCAUAGUCGCCAAACUUAUCCCCACCUGGCGAGUGGUUCCGACGCGCGGGUCUAUACCGGAUGUUUCGUUUAAAGAACCCUGGAAGAGGAAGUUGGCGAUAGCCAGUCCUAGGAGAACAGUAGCAAGGCCACGCGCCGCCACGGCAUACGAGCUCAUCCGAAUAUGCAACGAUUUGCAAGGGAGGUUUGAGGAAGUGGAUGUUCCAUUGCUAAUUGUGCACGGUGGUGAUGACGUGGUGUGUGAUCCGGCUUGCGUGGAGGAGCUUUAUAAACGCGCCGCCAGCACCGACAAGACAUUGAGGAUCCAUCCAGGGAUGUGGCACCAAUUGGUUGGUGAACCGGAGGAAAGCGUCGAGUUAGUUUUUGGGGAAAUGAUUGAUUGGCUUAAAAGUAGAGGUUCACGCGCCCCAAAGGCAAAGGGUGCCAGUGGUCUAAGCGCCGCUGUUGGCAGUACUAGUGGAUAGUUGGGUAGUUAAUUUAUCAUGUAUUUUAUGAUACAAAUUUUAAUCCGUUAAAUUUUCACUUUUAUUUAUAUUUAGAUUGUGGCUUGAAUUUAAAUUGGGUGUAUUUACUGAUAA